AUGAAAAUCGUUGGGCACGAGCGAAAUCUGAAUCUCCUCAAGCGGAUGCUGCUGAACGAGAACCCUCCGUUCACUGUGAUGGUCCCUAUCAUCGGGAUGGCCGGCAUAGGUAAGACCGAGCUGGCUAAAGCCGUGUACGACGAUCCCGAUGUGUGGUGGCACUUCGAGGCCCGGUUUUGGGUGGAAGUGCACCUCGACUAUCGGGGAGCGUACAACUCCCUGACUCUCGUCGUCCGCGCCGAAGACGCGGGCCCCACGAGGGUCGUCGUCGACCACACGAGCCGCUGGGUGAAGGUGGGGGGAGAGCCGUUUGCCUUCAUGCACGAGGGCCUGUCGAGGGAAGCGAGGUUUCUCAUGGUGGUGGACGACUUGGGCGACCCGUUGGUCUGGAGGAAGCUGGAGAUGUCGCUGCCUAGCAGCUGGAAUGGGAGCCGCGUGCUCGUGACCACGAGGAAAGUGCCACUCGCAAACCACACGCACGCUGUGACCCGCAAGCCUGCCGUUGUAUCUGAAAGCCUGCUUUCUGUAAUGGGGCUGCUCCCAAGGAACACAGAGAUCUGUCGAUCUAAGCUCAUCACAAUGUGGAUGGCCGAGGGAUUCAUCGCGCCGUGGCCAAAGGGGUACAAUUCCAUGGAGACACUUGCUGAGAUUUUUCUGGACGAGUUAGCCUCGUCGAGCAUGAUUUUGGUUCGGAACUGGAGCUCAAGCGGCGGGACCAAGACGUGCAGUGUCCAUGCCGUGUACCAGAGUGUGUGCGUGAACGAGGCUCAGGGCACCAAGUUCUUCCACGUUGUGAACAAGCUGCACGCGGAUGCUUGGUCCGGUGCAAAUGGCCAGCGGCGAAUCUGCUUCCACAACAACAUCGUGCUCGGCCUCAAAGAGGUUCACGGGUAUCUGAAAACAAUUUUUCCUAGCGUGCGCUCCCUGCUCUGUUUCGGGCCAUACCAUCAGUACUCAUUGCCCCUCUACUCCCCCUCGAAGCUGCUCAGAGUAUUAGACGCGGUUAAUCUGCGUUUCUACGAGUUCCCGGAACAAGUUCUCGAGCUGCUUCGGCUAAGGUACCUCUCCAUCACGUUUAACGGCGACCUUCCACCCUCCAUCUCAAAACUCAGUAACCUCGAGGUUCUGAUUAUCCGCCACCAUCACAUCAUCAAAUCCUCAUACGCUCCCACUGUUUAUCUUCCUCUACAGAUUUGGGGCUUGAGUAAGUUGAGACACCUCCAUUGCGCGGGAUCCGACCUCCCGGACCCUUCGGAUGGACUCUCUAGCUCAUUCGUGCUCGAUAACCUUUUGACGCUUUCUGGCGUGAGCACCCUCAGCUGUACCGAGAAAAUUCUCAAAAGACUCCCCUACCUGAAGAAAUUAGGGGUCCGGGUCGACCCUAGUCGUUGGGAUGCAGUCGACGUCUUUUCUUUCCUCGGUGAAUUGUGCUCCGUUUACAGCGUAUUCGACUCGUUGAAAUGUAGCGUCGUGGACUGUAGUCUCGUCGGCUCCCGUGUGUUCCCUUGCGUCAAGGACCCUUCCCCCUUGUUCAUCAAGAAAUUAUCCCUCAGCGGGUGUGGAUUCUCGUGGGAACACAUCACUCACGUGGCCGCGUUGCCUAGUCUCCAAGUGCUUAAACUGCGGUGGAAUGCCUUCCGGGGGCCCGUUUGGGAAAGACUAGACAGUGACGCGAGAUUCGAGAAGCUGAAAUUUGUGCUGCUGGAGGACUUGGAUGUGGAGGAGUGGAGAGUUAACCAAGGGAGCUUCCCGAAGCUGGAACAUGUGGUCAUCAGGCAUUGCUACAAGCUGCGUGAGGUUGAAAACGAGUUAUCUGAGAUUCCUCAGCUCGGUGUGCUGGAGGUGCAGGAUUGCAGCCCUGAUAUUGAGGCCUGGGCUGCAAGAGUUAGAGACGAGAGGUUACAUAGACUUGGUGUGGAUCGGCUUCAACUCGUCAUCCAUUUGUCGAGGAAUGAAAGUGACAAAAGCAAGUAA